UCUACGUCUUAUCAAACUGUAAUGAUUAAGUAUAAUAUUUAAUUUUUUAAAGUUUUUUUUUAAAUAUUUUUCCAAUGUUUCUAUACAUUAUAAUUAUGUAUAAUUAAAUGUUUCUUAUCAACAUAAUAUAUUAAAAUCACCAGACACCGCAAUUAUAGUGUUCAGAAGGCUCUCAGUGAUACUAUAUAAUAUUAUUAUACAAUAUCGCUGUUUUUAUUAUCAACAAUUAUGACUACUGAAAGAGCAAAGUCGAAAAUUGGACGUUGGGUCGAUGAAACUAUGAAAGGAAAAUUCGAUAACUUUGUUGGUUCGCGAAAGAAAUCAAGUUCUAACACCACUACAAAAAUAAACAAUGAUAUACCUAUACUACCAGAUGCAGAUGAAAAUAUUGAUGCGGAUUUGUUGUAUUCAGUAAAACCCGCCGAGUUACAUUCGAGAGUGACUGAAUCUGCUUAUGAAGACGAAACAAUGAGACCUCCGAUUAAUUUACCCGACAUCGAUCUCGGAUUAUUAUUUAGCAACAUGACACGGAAACAUCACUUAGAAGACGUGGGCGCGGACGAAAGAGACGUCGGGAGGAUGAUACAGCGGCAUCUCAAACUGUUGAACAUUGGCUCCGAGAACGUGGGCGAAGAUCGACAUUCGACUUAGCCACCCUUUAUGCCUUUAUGUAUACAUAACUAUAUUUAAGACGACUACUACGUUCUUGUUAACACAUGUCGUUUACAUACACUAAUUUUGUCUGUACUGAUCUAGUCGUGUUAUCGUACAGCCGAUAGCCGAUUGCCGAUGUGCGCUUGUUUAAUGCAAUAUACAACGUGUUGAAAAUAA